UCUUACACCUGCAAACCCGCAAAAAGAUAGCAUUGGUCAACGAUUAGGUUUCAGGGUAUAGAAGGGUUUCACAAAUCAUUCAUUCAUAGCGGAGAGUUGAUCCAUACACAAUGGCGCCCCAAGCACGAAUCCGACAAUGGGAUGCCCUGACGCCCCCGUUAUCAGAAUGGGUCCUGGACGCCAUCUCCACCAUGGGCUUCACCAAAACGACGCCCGUCCAGGAGGCAGUAAUCCCUCUCUUCAUGGGCAACAAAGAUGUCGUGGCCGAAGCCGUCACCGGAUCCGGCAAGACGCUGGCCUUCCUCAUCCCCGUGAUCGAGCGCCUCCUGCGACUCGACGCGCCCAUCAAAAAACAUCACGUAUUCGGAGUCAUCAUAAGUCCUACCCGGGAGCUGGCCACGCAAAUCCAUUCCGUCCUGACGGCGCUUCUGAAAUUCCAUGGACCUUCAGCGGCUUCAUUAAAGGCCCAAGAAGAUGAGGAUACCGAAAUGGAAGACGCGGACUCCAGUCCAGCUCCUGUCUUUCCUCCCAACACGUUACGAGUUAUCCCACAGCUCCUCCUCGGCGGCAGCGUUACCCCCGCGCAGGAUCUAAGCAAAUUCCUUAAGCAAUCACCAAACAUCCUCAUUGGCACACCCGGACGACUGCUCGAGCUGCUCUCCUCACCACACGUCCACUGUCCCCAAUCAUCCUUCGAUGUCCUCGUCCUCGACGAGGCUGAUCGACUACUCGACCUCGGAUUCAAAGAGGACCUCCAACGGAUUAUUGGAAGACUCCCCAAACAACGCCGCACAGGUCUCUUCAGCGCAAGCGUAUCGGAAGCCGUCGACCAGCUGGUGCGAGUAGGCCUUCGCAACCCCGUCAGGGUCGCCGUAAAAGUCAAGACGAGGGCGAUCGCCAGCGGGAAACCAGGCGAGGAAGGCAAGAUCGAAGACAAGCGAACGCCAGCCAGCCUCCAGAUGUCAUAUCUCGUGACGCCGCCCUCCCAAAAGCUCCCAGCCAUCCAGAAGCUCCUCGCAGCACUCGACCCGCAACCCCAAAAGAUCAUCUUCUACCUCUCAACCUGCUACUCGGUCGACUACUUCCAACACAUCCUCCCCACGCUCUUCACGACCCACGCCAUCGUGCCCCUCCACGGCAAACACCCGGACAAAGUCCGCCGCCGCAACUUCUCCAAAUUCGUCGACAGCGUCGCCCCCUCCAUCCUCCUAACCACCGACGUCGCCGCCCGAGGCCUCGACAUCCCCUCCGUCGACCUCGUCCUCCAACUCGAUCCCCCAAGCGACCCCAAAACCUUCAUCCACCGCUGCGGACGCGCGGGCCGCGCCGGCCGCAAGGGCCUCGCCGUCACGUUCCUGACCCCCGGCCGCGAGGAAGACUACGUCGAGUUUCUGCGCGUGCGCCAGACGCCCAUAUCGCCCUUAACAACACCCGCCAUCAGCGUCGGUCCCGCGGACGCAGAGCGCACGGCGAAGCAGAUCCGCGCUGUUGUGCUGCCUGACCGCGCGGUGUUCGAUAAGGCGCAAAGAGGGUUUGUGUCUUGGGUCCGCGCGUACAGCAAGCACACGGCCAGCUCCAUCUUCCGCGUCACGGAUCUGCAGUGGGAUGAGCUGGGCCAUGCGUGGGGGCUCCUGAAGCUGCCCAGCAUGCCCGAGUUGAAGAAGUGGGAGGGUGAUAGGAAGUUAGGGCUCGAUAUCGAUUUCGAGAACUAUGCGUAUCAGGAUAAGGUGAGGGAGAAGCAGAGGUUAGCGGAGGCGAGUGGGGAGGUGCCGAAGGUGGAUGGGAAGAGGCAUAGGGAUGAGGGGAAGGUCAGGGAGGAGUCGGCGUGGACGCAGAAGAAGGAGCAGAAGGCUACGAAGGAGCUUAGGAGGGAGAAGAAGAAGGCGAAGAGGGAGCAUGUGAGGCAUGAGAAUAUGAAUGAGGAGGAGAAGGAGGAGGAGCAGAAGUUGCAAGGGAUGAUCGCGAAGAUUAGGAAGAAGGUCGCUGAGAAGGGCGAGGAUGAGUUCGAGGGGUUCAGUGAUUAGGAUGGGGAUAUGGGGACGUUGUUGAAUUUUCCUCUUUACAAGUUGGAUCUGGAGAGAGAUGUUGUUUUGUAAAAUAUAUACCCGGCACGGAUCAAGAUUGCAGCAAUUGGUACGAGAGAUUCUUCUUGAGACGUAUAUGCGAUUUCACUUCUUCAUUGAAAGUAUGGCACACUAUGCUGCAAGCUGCGCUAUCUGGCACUAUUAUAUGUAUCAAUC